AUAAUUAAAUAAAACUAAUGAAAAAGAAAAGCUUUUUAUUUAUACAAUCAUCAAUACAAAUAAUACAAGUGCAAAGAAGACAAUUUGCCUGUGGGCCAAGUCAAAAGUUAUCACUUAUUUAGCUUAUCGAUAGAAAAAGAGAAAAUUUCCAGCAAUAAAAAUGGUUGUAACGCGUUUGCUAAGUAACAUCACAAAAAGAACUAUGGCAACUGCAAGCAAUAGUGAAUUGGAAUCAUAUGCAAAAAAUUGCAGAAAGAUUGUAGGAGCUGCUUUGAAUUAUAUGGACAUUGUUAAGGAAAGAAAUGUACCAGUUCCUGAAGUGCCUUUGUUGUUCUUGAAACCUACAACAUCUUUAAUUCAAGAAGGCCAAGAUAUUGUUAUACCCAAAGUGUUCACAAAAGUUGCCUAUGAAGUAGAAUUGGGCGUUAUUAUAAGCAAACAUUGUAAAAAUGUUUCUAAAGCCAAUGCCUUAGAUUAUGUGGGUGGUUAUUGUUUGGCCUUAGAUAUGACCGCUCAAUGCUCGUUGGGCGCUGCACGUGCUAAAGGAGAACCAUGGUCUUUGGGCAAAGGUUUUGAUACUUCUACACCAGUAUCUCGUUUUAUUAAACUUGAAGAUAUCAAGGAUCCUCACAAUGUGGAUUUAUGGCUUAAACUUAAUGGUGAAUACAAACAAAAGGGCAAUACAUCAGAUUUGAUUUUCAAAGUUGAUGAUCUCAUUGCCUAUACCUCCCAAUAUAUGACUCUGGAACCAAAUGAUAUUUUAUUGACUGGAACCCCCAACGGAUCACUGCCCAUUAAGAACGGCGAUGUUAUUGAAUGCGGCAUGGGUAAUCUGAUUAAGAUGACUUUCAAUUGUAAAGAUGAAUAAUUGUGUUGCUAGGAGCGGGAAUGUGCAUUAUUAAAAAAAAAUAAAAAAUACAUAUUUUGUUAAAAAACAA